AUGGCCGACAUUCUCGUCCUCGGAGCUACCGGCUACUGCGGUCGUCUGGCCGCCCUCUACCUCUCACAUCACCCACAACGCUCCUCAUUCACACUCGCCAUCGCCGGUCGCUCUCGUUCCAAACUUGAGGAACUAAAGAAAGAGCUCGAUCCUGAUGUCACGAUAUUUGAAGUCGACGUGAACAACUUCGAGGAUGUGGAAAGGGUCGUGAAGCAGGUCAAGGUCGUGGCGAACACGGUGGGCCCGUAUUGGCGGUAUAGUACACCUGUCGUUCAGGCUUGUGCACGCAAUGGAGUGCAUCAUGUCGACAUAACGGGAGAGAGGCCUUGGAUCUACAAAAUCAUUCACAACUUCGACUAUCUGGCCCGCCAAACCGGCGCCAUCAUCGUUCCUUCGUGCGGGUUGGACUCCGUCCCGUCCGACGCCAUCGUCUUCCUCGCCAACAAAACCCUGAAAGCCCUCGUCGGCCCCGACGCGGAGAUCGAAGACAGCGUAACAGCCGUAAAGAUGAAAGGAGGUGUGGCUGGUGGGUCGUUGGCGACGGUGAUUGCGUUGAUGGAGGAAGUACCGAAGAACGUGAGGGAGAUGUCGAGUAGGGCCUAUUCUUUGAGUCCCAUCGUCGGCGUCCCAACGACAGGCUAUAAGCUCCUCUACAAGCUCCCCUCCUUCCCCUCUUCCAAGACCGUCUACGGCUCCAUAUUCCCCAUUUCCCCAGGUAACCGCGCCAUCGUCCUCCGUACUUGGGGCCUCCAACAAUUCCACGCCUUCCACUCCAAUUUGCCCGAAUCGGAGAGGGUCGGGGAUAAGAUGUUGACGUAUGGAAAAACGUUCAAAUAUGACGAGUUUUUGGAAGUGAACGGUAAGGCUGGAGCGUUCUUGAGGAGUCUGAGUGUGGCUGUGAUGGGGAUCUGUCUGAUGAUGUUUUCGCCGGUGCGCUGGUUGUUCAAACGACUCGUCACCCAACCGGGACAAGGCCCCUCUGCAGUGAGGCUCAAGCAGGGAUACAUGGAAUAUCUCAACAUUACCACCUCAGUCGCUCCUCCCGGCUCUGAGCCUACGCGGAUCAGGACCAUAAUCCGCGGGAAUGGAGACCCGGGGACGUUGCUUACCGCUACCAUGCUCGGCGAAUCCGCACUCUCCCUCUUGCAAGAUGGUGACCGCCUUCCCGCCCUGGCUAAACUCGGAGGUGUCCUCACGCCGAUGACGGCACUCGGAGACGUGUUGAUCGAGAGGUUGAGGGCUACCGGGGUCUUCGAGUUUGAGAGUGAGGUUGUGUUGGAGGGCGAAGGUGAGGGUGAUGAGAGGAAGACUAGGUGA